AUGGCUUUUAAAGUAAUCAUCUUUGCUUCAUUUUUGGCUUUCGCCAACGCCGGUAGCUGGGACAGUACAUUAGCAGUUCCCGCCUCUCCAGUAGUAUCAGCGUACCACUCGGCUCCAGUAUUGGCUGCCCCUGCUGUAUCCAAAUCGAUUGUUCAAACCUACACCAGUCACCCAGCGCCUGUAGCUGUUGCUGCUCCAGUUUUAGCCAAAUCAGUAGCUCCAGUAGUCUCCGCCUACUCUUCCCCAUUGGCUUUACCUGCUCAUGGUCCUGUUGUAUCGGCGUACUCAGCUCCAUUGUCUCUACCAUCCCAUGGCCCUGUUGUAUCGGCGUACUCGGCUCCAUUGUCUCUACCAGCCCAUGGACCUGUUGUAUCAGCGUACUCAGCUCCAUUAGUAGCUAAAAGCCCUCUUUCAUAUGCUGCACAUGCACCAGUUGUCUCUGCUUACUCUUCCCCACUGAUCUCAGGCUACUCUGCACCAGUUGUAGCCAAGAGUUUGUCUACUUUAGCUUAUGCCGCACCUUCUCCAGUUGUAUCUGCCUACUCUUCUCCAGUUGUAUCUGCCUACUCGUCUCCAGUUGUAUCUGCUUACUCUUCACCAGUCUUAGCUAAGAGUUUGGCUCCAGCACCAGUUGCCUAUGCCGGGCACGCUGCUCCAGUUCUAUCCGCUUACUCUGCUGGACCAGUUGUUCAACCAUGGUAA